GCGAUUUACUGUCGCCUUGUGUAAAUACGUAUUAGGAGGCAAUGGUAGAAGUUGUUACGUUCAUUAAGACAUUCUUGUGCGGAUUGAAGCAAAUGGAAAGGGCUUUACAUAAUUACGUUCAUGCUUAUUCACGUGAAAUGCUCCUUUAAAAGAAGGCUUCGUUUGAACACACUGAUGCACAUCCAGAACGAGCGGACUGAAUAGUGGACUGUGAUUUCUGCACAGUUUGGUGUCAAAAUGGUGAAAUCUUAUCCUUUACCGGAGGGAUUCUCCGACUUCGAUGUGUUCUCCCUCGGAUCGUGCCUGCUCGUGGAGGGUCUCCUCGGAUUCUUCCUGAAUGCUGUCACGGUUGUUGCUUUUCUCAAAAUAAGAGAAUUACGGACCCCAAGUAAUUUCCUUGUAUUCAGUCUUGCCUUGGCAGAUAUGGGUAUUUCUAUGAACGCUACUGUUGCUGCCUUCUCAAGCUUUUUGAGAUACUGGCCUUAUGGAUCAGAUGGAUGUCAGACCCAUGGCUUCCAAGGAUUUGUGACAGCUCUUGCCAGCAUCCACUUUAUUGCAGCCAUUGCUUGGGACAGAUACCACCAGUACUGCACCAGGACAAAGUUGCAAUGGAGCAGUGCCAUCACCCUGGUUAUCUUCAUCUGGCUCUUCACUGCCUUCUGGUCUGCCAUGCCUCUCUUUGGCUGGGGAGAGUAUGACUACGAGCCCCUGAGGACCUGCUGCACACUGGACUACAGCAAGGGAGACAGGAACUACGUGUCUUACUUAAUCCCCAUGUCCAUCUUCAACAUGGGCAUUCAGGUGUUUGUUGUGCUGUCUUCCUACCAGUCCAUUGAUAAGAAAUUCAAGAAGACCGGCCAGGCCAAGUUCAACUGUAGCACACCUCUGAAGACCAUGUUGCUUUGCUGGGGCCCCUAUGGUGUUCUGGCUUUCUAUGCUGCUGUGGAAAAUGCUACCCUUGUCUCUCCUAAACUAAGAAUGAUGGCUCCCAUUUUGGCCAAGACAUCACCUACUUUCAAUGUCUUUGUUUACGCCCUUGGAAAUGAGAACUAUAGGGGAGGAAUCUGGCAGUUGCUCACUGGGCAAAAUACUGAGACUCCUGCUAUUGAGAACAAGUUCAAAUAAAUUAACCAUAUCAUAAUAGUUAAUGUCCUGGUCAUUUCUAACAGGUAUGACACAUGCUUAUUGGCUUUGUUUGCUCAUGUCAUCUUUGCUGUAUAUUUGUGUGCCAUAGGAGUGUUGAGUCUAUGUUUGUGGUAGUAUGGUCUGUUAUAUUUAAAAUAGGAGAUUUUGAAGAGUAUAUUUAUGGCUGCACUGACAUUCUGACAAAGCACAUAAGCUAUUCCUAAUGGAAAUGUGACUGAACAGGGUUCAUUUUUUCCUAUAUCAUUGUAACGGACUUGUAAGAAUGGAAUUAUGCGGCAUUCAAUAAGGUUUAAGCUGCUUCCAUUUAUGCUGUUGAAUCAAAUCAUAAUCAUGAAUUAUAUCAUCUAUUUUGAUGUAUAAAUUUGCUGGUAAUCCGUUCAAAUAUUUUAUAAUUGCAUAUAAGUGCUGUAAUACUAUAGAUAACAACUACCUUUUCUAAUAUCACAUCAGUCAAAAAGACAGGACUCCACUGAAAUAAACAAAUUCCUGCUAUCUUAAAUAGCGCAGUACUUUUACAUUUACCACAAAUUUGUUAAUAAUUUUAGUCAUGUUAUCCAGAAUGUAAAGAAUGACGCUCCCUAAAAAUAUAUAUAGUGUACUUUAUUUUCCACAGUGGGAAAUUACAUGCUUUGAAAUAAGGUCUACAUCAAGCUUAUAGGGCAGAAUUAGGCAAGCAGCAUUUUCUAAUCCCAGUAACAACAGUGCUUUUCAUGAAAACACAUUCCCCCAGUGCACAAGAUUAGUCAAAAGGACAAAGAUUAAGCACAAGACACACAGCAAUUGGAAAUGUUCUCAGACCAGUGAUCUUACUACAAAUUCUCUCUCCAUUACAACAUCUUGAAGCAUACUGAUAUCUGAAAAAAAAAAAAAAAAGAAUUAUUAAACAGCAAUAUUAUAACUAUAUAUUCAGAUAACAUACAGUCAGAGGGAACAGUAAUAUUAGAACUAAUGAUAGGUGAGGCCUGGGUAGCUCAGUGAGUAAAGAUGCUGACUACCACCCCUGGAGUCACGAGUUCAAAACCAGGGUGUGUUGUGUGACUCCAGCCAAGUCUCCUAAGCAACCAAAUUGGCCCAGUUGCUAGAAAGGGUAGAGUUACAUGGGGUAACGUCCUCAUAGUCACAAUUAGUGUUUCUCGCUCUCAAUGGGGUGCAUGGUAAGUUGUGCAUGGAUCGGAGAGUAGCAUGAGCCUCCACAUGCUGUGAAUCAAUGCGGUGUCAUGCACAAUGAGCCACGUGGUAAGAUGUGUAGAUUGACUGUCUCAGAUUUGGAGGUAACUGAGACUUGUCCUCCACAACCCGGAUUGAGGUGAGUAACCGCGCCACCACAAGGACCUACUAAGUAGUGGAAAUUGGGCAUUCCAAAUUGGGAGAAAAGGGGAUAACAAAAAAAAAUACUAAUGACAGGUAAUUUUUGAAACUAAGGGUAAAAUAACCAGUAUCAGACAAUGUAAGUUAUCAAGAACAUUUUCUUUGGGCAGAAGCAGACUCAACCGAGCAAGAUUUAAGCUAAAAUGAUGCAGAAUAUGGUCACUAAAAAUUUCACAGAUAAAUAUAAAAGACAAUAACAUACUGUACAAGAUCCCCUUGAUGACACUCUAACAGAAUAGUGGAGAUUAUUAAUUCAUAGUAAAACAGUUUAAUAAUGACUAUCUUCUAAUGUGUUAUUAAGAAAAAAAGACAAACUUUUACUUGUUUGUACUAACAAAUACUUAGAAAUGCACAUGAAAUGUAGCUUAUUUAAUAACAAAGUUUUGACAUUAUGGGGUCAUUAUAAGGCUGCAACAUAACAAAAUGUGAAAAAAGAAGGGGUCUGAAUACUU